CCGCCUUGGGGGCGGCACCGGGCGGUCCGCUUCCGGGUCGGCGGGGAUCGUUACCGAAACCGGGACCGAGACACAGACACAGCCGCCGCCAUGAACCGCUUUUUCGGCAAAGCGAAGCCUAAGGCGCCUCCGCCCAGCCUCACCGACUGUAUCGGGACGGUGGAUAGCAGAGCUGAGUCAAUUGACAAGAAAAUUGCUAGGCUUGAUGCAGAACUGGUGAAGUAUAAGGAUCAAAUGAAGAAGAUGAGGGAGGGGCCUGCAAAGAAUACAGUAAAGCAGAAGGCAUUGAGAGUGUUGAAGCAGAAGCGAAUGUAUGAACAACAGCGGGAUAAUCUAUCACAGCAGUCUUUUAACAUGGAACAAGCUAAUUACACUAUUCAGGCACUGAAGGAUACAAAGACAACGGUUGAUGCAAUGAAACUGGGAGUGAAAGAAAUGAAGAAAGCUUACAAGCAAGUCAAAAUUGAUCAAAUUGAGGACAUACAAGAUCAGCUAGAGGAUAUGAUGGAAGAAGCCAAUGAAGUCCAGGAAGCGCUGAGUCGCAGCUAUGGAACACCGGAGAUUGAUGAAGAUGACUUGGAAGCAGAACUGGAUGCAUUAGGUGAUGAGCUUUUAGCCGAUGAAGACAAUUCCUACUUAGAUGAAGCUGCAUCUGCUCCAGCAAUCCCAGAGGUCAUUCCUACUGAUACGAAAAACAAAGAUGGUGUGUUGGUGGAUGAGUUUGGAUUGCCAAAGAUCCCUGCAACAUAAAUGUUUCAAAAGCACAACGGAUACUGUGGACUGUACAAAUCAAAUUAAGAUUUUUUUCUUUUUUCUUUUUAACUCCUGGAGACCUUGUCCUUCCAGUGUAACCUUAAUAUCACUACAUGCUAGAGCGCAAUAUGAGUAAUGGCUGGCGGUGUUCUUUCUCUGAAGAAAGUUGUUCUACUACUGACUUUUCUAUUAACGGACAAUUCGGCACAGUUCCCUUCCGCGGCAGCAGCCAGUCCCACGGGGUUCCUUUGCCGUGUCUCCUGGACAGAGCCAGGCGUGGGGAGCGGCGGUGGCUGGCGGUACCCGAGGUUUAUUUUGACUCCGUGUGACGUUGCUCUGUCUCGCAGCGGGGCCCGCUGCCUGCCGCCUGCUCUCCGUGAAACGCCUCCCUGUCGCGGUGCUUCUUUGAUACGAGAAUCAAAAGCGAUUUUUAAACUCCGGCAGCGCGGAGACCGGGAUGCUGUUGUGCUUUGUCGCCGCCUUUUAACGCUGUAAUUAACAGGCUGUAGCGUCACCCUUGUGUGUUCUGUGGAGACAUAAAAUCACGUAGAUGAGCCGA